AUGUACCAUGAUCAAAUUAAGUGGCUCAGUCAAGGAAACUGGAAGACUCUCAUUGACGAGCAACUGCGCUUCAAAAAACAGCUGCAUCUUCUGUGCUUCGGCUCAGAAGUCAGCAGCCUUCGGGACAAACCACAAGAUACCUGUCCACUAAGGCUCAGGGAGUGCUGUGCGUGGGUCACGCAGCUCCGGGCGGCUGGAGGCUGUGAUCUCCUGCGGGCGCUACAGAGGGUACUGACCCGCUCAGAACUGGACACACUACUCAUCAUCCUCGGCUCUCGCCCUGAUCAGACAGUAGACAUUAUAUGUGAUUUUUUAAUUCAAAACCGAACACCUUCUGUUCACUGCAGCAGUCCGGACGCCAUUGAGACUGUGAAGCAAAUGGUAGCAGUUUCCGGGGGGAGAUAUCACCUGUUUUCUGCUGCACUGGGUGUAGUAGACAGCAGUACAGACAUAGAUCUGCUGUGGGCGGAGAUUAAAGCAGCUCAAUCAAAAGUUCUAAAAUCUGUGACAUUCUCUAUUUUUCACUUUAUUUUGUCUUUCAUGUGUGGCAUGCGGAAGCGACUCAUGGGUGCUGUGCGUCUGUUUGAAAGGAGAGUUCAGUGGCUGAACAGGAUAUGGGGAACCGUGUGUGAGCAGAGGGUGCAGGUUCUUCUGGACAUGUCUGGGAUGAACGCCCACUACCAGCUCCAUCUCCAGCACGCCCUGCGAAUACUACUGCAGGAGCAGCUGGCCAACAAACACAGCUUCAAUAUCAUCGUUUUUGGAUCAGAUGUCAAGUCAUGGCAGGAGAAGAUGGUUCCCUCCACCCAUGAAAACCUUCAAGCUGUUUGGCAGUCUGCAGAUCAGAGGAAAACCAACGUGUCACAGUCUGUCUUCUUCAUGGAAGACGGCAACUUGGGUGUUGUCUUCAAUAAAUAUCCAAAACCAAAUAGAGUGUGUACGUCUAUCACCACUAUUAAACUACCAAAACAUGAAGACAUCUGUUCAGCUAAACAGUGGCUAAAAAGGUUUGGUACCAAGAAUCUGAAGUUGGACCUUCACAAGCUGAUAUCUGGACCCGAAUGCUGCCAUCACAACAAACUGGUGCUGUCCGUCCAUAAGAGAGUGUCUGCGAAAUACUGCGCCAUAUUCCCUAGUGUCCUGAUCAAUGUAAGCACAGUGCAGUCUGGAGCACGAUUCCAUCAGGCUCCUGAAAACACAGACCCAGCUCUUAUCAGAAAACUCCUGUCAGAUCUCCUGUCAGGGGACGAUCUUAGGAAACUAUCAGAAGAGAUUGAGAAGCUGAGAAUGUUCCAGAAACAAGCGAAAGCUUUCAGGGAAACUAUUUUGGAGUUGAGGGACCAGGAGGGAAUGUAG